AUGUCCGACAUGGAGGAUUUGGCCAAGUCAAGCGUGCAGGUCAACGCCUCGGAAAGCUACCAGCUGAACCCCACCAGCGUCAUCGUGUCGGUGGUCUUCUCACUCAUCUUCCUGCUGGGCACGGUGGGCAACAGCCUGGUGCUGGCGGUGCUGCUGCGCAGCGGGCAGGUGGGCUAUAACACCACCAACCUCUUCAUCCUCAACCUGAGCGUGGCCGACUUCUUCUUCAUCAUCUUCUGCGUGCCCUUCCAAGCCACCAUCUACUCGCUGGACGGAUGGGUCUUCGGCUCCUUCAUGUGCAAGGCCGUGCACUUCUUCAUCAACCUCACCAUGUACGCCAGCAGCUUCACGCUCGCCGCCGUCUCUGUGGACAGGUACUUGGCCAUCCGCUACCCUCUGCGCUCCAGAGAGCUGAGGACGCCGUGCAACGCGGUGGUUGCCAUGGUGAUCAUCUGGGGCCUGUCCUUGGUUUUCGCGGGCCCUUACCUGAGCUACUAUGAUCUGAUCGACUUCGCCAACAGCACGGUGUGCAUCCCUGGCUGGGAGGAGCGGGACCGCAAGGUCCUGGACACCUGCACUUUUCUCUUCGGCUACGUCAUCCCGGUGCUGAUCGUCAGCCUGUCCUACACGCGCACCAUCAAGUACCUGUGGACGGCCGUGGACCCCCUGGACGGCAUGUCGGAGUCCAAGAGGGCCAAGCGCAAAGUGACCAAGAUGAUCAUCAUCGUGACGGUGCUCUUCUGCAUCUGCUGGCUGCCCUACCACGUGGUCAUCCUCUGCUACCUCUACGGCGACUUCCCCUUCAACCAGGUGACCUACGCCUUCAGGCUGCUGUCGCACUGCAUGGCCUACGCCAACUCCUGCGUCAACCCCAUCGUCUACGCGCUGGUCUCCAAGCACUUCCGCAAGGGCUUCAAGAAGGUGUUCAGCUGCAUCCUCAGCAAGAACGGCCGCAACAAGGUGCACGUGGUGCACGUGGCCAACACCGUGCCGGGGUUCGAGGCGGCGUCCACGGAGGUGUCGCAGAUGAACGAGUGCGAGAUGACAAAUAGACGGGUGAAGGAGCCCAGGGAGGCCACGGUGACCCUCAAUUUGCCCUUUCAGCACCCCACCUGACCAGGUGGAGGCUUUUGUCCGCCUUGAUGAGAAUAUGAACCCACCCCGCCAUGAGCCUCCCUUAAAGGGGAACAUUAUCACAAUUUCUGAAGGGUUAAAACAAAAAAUAAUCAGUUCCCAGUGGCUUAUUUUAUUUUGCGAAGUUUUUCUCAAAAUUUUACCCAUCAUGUAAUAUCCCGAAAAACGGCUUCAAAGUGCCUGAUUUAACCGUCGUUA